AUGAGCGACAUCAAGAUUUACACCGUCGACGAGCCCUAUCUCAAGAUUGACUGCGGUCUGGGCGAAGGCCCCUUCUGGGAGGAGGCCACCAACACCCUGCGCUUCGUCGACGUGAUCAAGCAGAAGCUCCACGCCAUCGACCUGAACAAGGGCCCCGAGUCGCACAAAGUCCUCGCCGACCUCGACAUCUCCAUAGGGGUAACCGCCGACAUCGAGGGCGACGACGACCACAUUUUCUUCGGCGGCAAGCAUGGCUACGGCAUCCUCAGCCGUAGCACCGGCAAAUACAAGUACAUCAGGAAGUAUUGGUCCGAGAAGGAGGUCGCCGACGGCAAGGAGAAGCUUUUCCGUGGGAACGAUGGCGCCGUCGACGCCAGGGGCCGCUUCUUCGUAGGCACCAUGAACGACCCGCUGGUCAAGAGCCCCGAGCCGGAAGGCACGCUCUUCCGCCUGGACCCUGAUCUGACGCUGCAUCGCGUGCUCGAGGACGUGCACAUCCCAAACGGCAUGAGCUGGAGCAAUGACAACAAGACCAUGUACUACACCGACUCACCUACCAAAAACGUCUUCGCCUUCGACUACGACAUCGACACGGGCUCUUUUUCAAACAAGCGCGUCUUCUACCGUGUCGAAGAGGGCGAGCACGGGGUGCCUGACGGCCACGCUCAGGACACCGAGGGCUACCUGUGGAUCGCCAUCCACGGCGCCGGAAAGGUGCUGCGCGUGUCGCCACAGGGCAAGAAGGUGGCCGAGAUCAGACUGCCCACCCGCUGCCCAACCUGCCCAGAGUUCGCCGGCGAGGACCUGUACAUCACGAGCGCCGCCGAGGAAAUGCCCGACCAGUUUCCCGAAAGCACUAAGCUGCACGGUAGCCUGUUCAAGGUCCACGUCGGAGUCAGGGGCGCCCCGUCGUAUCGCUUCAAGUACAAUGGUGAGAAGCCAUAG